CGCCACCUCCUCCGUUCCCGCCGGUCUCAGCCGCCGCCUCCGGCCGCUUCGCCGCGCCGCCGCGACCUCCGUAUCCUCCCCCGCUCUGCAACCGUGCAUCCUCCUCCUCAACCGCCUCCGGUCGACGCCCGUCGCAGCCUGUCCCGGCGCCGCUGCCCCUUGCCCGCCCGCUCUAUGGCGAACGUGGUUCUUCUCCCGUGCCAGGCCCUUCGUCUAACACCUCCCGGAGCUGCCGCGUGUGCAUUGUCGCCAGUAUAUGCUCGUCCGAGAACAAGAGUCCCCUCUUCCCUCGGUGACCGCUGCUCCGCUUGUCGGACUCUGACGCCCGCCGCCGCCGGCGGGGAUGCCGCUGCUUGGGUAGGGAAAAUCGGCGGAGCCAUACCAUGGAAGGCUGCGGUCUCCGGCGCGCUUGCGCUCACCUUAUCCUUCACUUGCUUUGUUGGUACAGUUAAUGCAAAGGCUGGGGUCAACAAACCAGAAUUGCUUCCCAAGGAAUUCACCACUGUCAUUGAUGUUGCUGGUUUUCUCUCUGCAGGUCAGGAAAAUCGUCUGCGUCAAGAGAUAGAAGAUCUUGAGAAAGAAACAGGAUACAAGUUGAGAGUUCUUGCACAAAAUUAUCCUGAUACACCAGGAUUGGCUAUCAAAGACUUUUGGCAAGUUGAUGAUCAAACCAUUGUGUUUGUCGCCGAUCCCACCUUCGGAAACAUUAUAAAUUUCAAUGUUGGUGCAUUAGUUGAUUUAGACAUUCCUCGGAGCUUUUGGAGUCGUGUUUCAGGGAAAUACGGAAACAUGUUCUACUGGAAAGAAAAGGGAGAGGAUGCAUCAAUCGAAGCGGCUGUGAUGGCAGUAUCACGCUGUCUCAGAGAGCCUACAGGGGCAAAUAACUGCUCUGAGGUUCUAUAGAUGUAAAGCUCAUCGCAAGGGGAAGACAAGCAAGUGCAACAUAUGUGCAUAAAUUGAAAUUCUAAGAGCUAUACUAAGUACGUCUGGCUUUUAUUUAGCAUCGUUAACUUUUAGAAUUAUAUCUAAUCAUUCGCCUUAUUAAAAAUACUACAUAAUGAUUUAUAAUUUUGCGCACU